GCCAACGACCCAUCAAUUGCAUGAACUUUUCUCGGGACACACACACACGCACACACACUUGAGUAGUCCACGCAACACACUGAAGACCGUCGUGUUUUCCUCGUUCUCGUCUCCAUCGUGGAAAGAAAACAAAAAUCGCAGCCAUGUCGAAAGGAUGCAUAACCGUCACCAAGUAUUUUCUGUUCCUCUUCAACCUCAUCUUCUUUGUCUUUGGAGCAUUGAUCAUGGGCUUUGGACUGUGGGUUCUCCUCGAUAAUCAGAGUUUCAUUUCUGUUUUACAGGAAUCAUCAGACACAGUGAAAGUGGCGUCCUAUAUCCUCAUUGGAGUGGGUUCCUUGACCAUGGCCAUGGGCUUCUUUGGCUGCAUUGGAGCCAUCUAUGAAAUACGUUGUCUCCUUGGUUUGUAUUUCACCUGCCUCCUGCUCAUCCUCAUUGCCCAAGUUACUGCUGGAGUUCUCAUCUACUUCCAGAGGGAUCAGUUGAAAAAUGAGAUGUCCAACAUCAUAAAGGGCAUGAUAAUCCAUUACACUGGCCAGAACAGAACAACCGAGCAAACUUGGGACUACAUUCAGAGAACGAUGGAGUGCUGUGGGUGGACUGGGCCCGGGAACUGGUCUGACAACAUUUUGAUCAGGAACAGCUCUCAGAAUCUCUAUCCUUGUUCUUGUCGCAAUGAGUCCCUGCCUGGCACUGACCUCAUGGUGGAGGGCCUGUGUGAGCACUUGUCCACAGAACUUCCUGUCUACGAAACGGGCUGCGUAACUAGUGUGGAGAAAUGGCUCCUGGAGAACUGUGGAGUUAUUCUUGGAAUCUGUGUUGCAGUAGCAGUUGUGGAGCUUCUGGGGAUGAUCCUCUCCAUGUGUCUGUGCCAGAGUGUGGGCCAGGAGGAUUAUACCAAAGUACCCAAGUACUGAUUAACUCUAACUCACACACAGAAGAACUCCUCCCCUCUCUUGCUCUUUUUACUCACUCACACACACACAUUCUUGUAUUUAUUACCUUCUUGAGACCUCCGAAAAAGGCCUACCUCUUUAGAACCACCCUUUCUAGAUGUAUAAAGAUUUGUAUUUACAACAUUAAUUAUAUAUACAUACUAUGCAAAUAUAAAAAAGGUAAGCUUUUAGUUAACUUUUUUUUUCGGUAAUUGGUUUUUAAUCUCCAUUAUUUACUCCAAGUUAUUACAGUAUGUCUCUAUAUACAUAUUUAUUUUAGUUUUUUUAAUUAAAUUUGGCCAAAGGGGGCGCAUUACAAUUUCUUAACACACACUUGUUAUUACAUAUGUUGGCCAGAGGGGGAGCACUUCAACAUUUUUACACACACUUGUUAUUACCGUAUUUUUCGGAGUAUAAGUCGCUCCGGAGUAUAAGUCGCUCCGGAGUAUAAGUCGCACCGGCCGAAAAUGCAUAAUAAAGAAGGACAAAAACAUAUAUAAGUGGCACUGGAGUAUAAGUCGCAUUUUCUGGGGAAAUAUAUUUGAUAAAAGCCAACACCAAGAAUAGACAUUUAAAAGGCAAUUUUAAAUAAAGAAUAGUGAACAACAGGCUGAAUAAGUGUACGUUAUAUGAGGCAUAAAUAACCAACUGCUAUGUUAACGUAACAUAUUAUGGUAAGAGUCAUUCAAAUAACUAUAACAUAUAGAACAUGCUAUACGUUUACCAAACAAUCUGUCACUCCUAAUCGCUAAAUCCCAUGAAAUCUUAUACGUCUAGUCUCUUACGUCAAUGACAUCAAUAAUAUUAUUGGAUAUUUUACUAGAAUGUGUUAAUCAUUUCACACAUAAGUCGCUCCGGAGUAUAAGUCGCACCCCCGGCCAAACUAUGAAAAAAACUGCGACUUAUAGUCCGAAAAAUACGGUAAUUGGUUUUUAAUCUUCAUUAAUAAUAAUAAUACCUGGGAUUUAUAUAGCGCUUUUCUAAGUACCCAAAGUCGCUUUCCAUGUUAAAAACCCAUCAUUCAUUCACACCUGGUGGUGGUAAGCUACUUUCGUAGCCACAGCUGCCCUGGGGUAGACUGACGGAAUUAUUAACUCUCAAGUUAUUACAGUAUGUCUCUAUAUACAUAUUUAUUUUAGUUUCUUUAAUUCAUUUUGUCCAAAAGGGGCACAUUUAAAUUUCUUAACACACACUUGUUAUUACAUAUGUUGGCCAGAGGGGGAGCACUUCCAAUUUUUUACACACACUAUGAAAAAAACUGCGACUUAUAGUCCGAAAAAUACGGUAAUUGGUUUUUAAUCUUCAUUAUUUACUCUCAAGUUAUUACAGUAUGUCUCUGUAUACAUAUUUAUUUUAGUUUCUUUCAUUCAUUUUGGCCAAAAGGGGCACAUUUAAAUUUCUUAACACACACUUGUUAUUACAUAUGUUGGCCAGAGGGGGAGCACUUUAAAUUUUUUACACACACUUGUUAUUUCAUAUGUUGACCAGAAUAUGUUUUGAUAGAUUUCACCACCAGGGGUGCAAAUGAGACAUUCUCUAUUAGAUGCAAUGGUUUUCCGUAUUGCGACCAGGAUUUGUGUCUUAACGUGUUCCCACCUCCUCAUAUGGAAGGUACUUUUCCUUGUUGAUGUCUCAAGAAGGGUAGAAAUACAAGAACACACACUAAGGCAGCUGCCACCUGCCUUGACAGCUGUGCAGAUUCCUCAAGUUUGUCACAAUUGUCGGCCAUCAUUCACUAGCUACCAUUGUUGUCUUAUUGUAAUUACUAUAUUGUCGUUAUUACUACUAUAUACGCCUUUUAAAGGAGACUACGGUUUGUUUGCUUCUCUUUUACUGUCUCAUGUUGCAUAGUUAGCUAUUUGUCUCGUCUUCCGCUGACCUCAAUGAAGCGCUUAACAGAGUAGAAAACGAGAGAGAGCACUUUAGUCAGACGUUGACGGGGCCCAGACGCCUUUCUUAAAGACGAGAAGGUGGUGAGUGUUGCCGAGUUGAACGGGUGGAGGAGGUUGAAGCGUUUUGUCUUCAUGGUACGCCCGCCUCGUCCUCCCUCGUGGUGGGUUGGCCACGUCACAAAAUGACGUGACACUUGAGCGUGUGUGACGCGAGGGCCUUCUUUAGUGUUCCUUUCCGUUGUGUAUAUACAUUAAGUGUGUUUGUGAAAGCAUCGUCUGCAUUUGUACAUUUUGGUGAAAGUCAACCGCAGCACGGUGACAGCGCCGACAAAACGUCAUUCAAGAUGGCAGUACGGAGAAAUCCAGAUUUGGUACCAAGAUGAACGUGUUUCCCUCAAAUCAACUCAUCUUAUUUGUUAUUUCAAUAUCUAACAUGGACUCAACAUCAUUUAAUUUAAACAACAUGUUCCUGCCUAAUUUAGUAAAUAUUUUACCAAUUAAUUAUGCAGGAAGCUGGCUAAUAAAAACAGAAUUUUUUGUUUUAUCCUUAAUUUAAGAGAUGAAGGCUUUUUUAUACUGUUUAAAAUGUUUUUUUUUUUACUAUCUUAAAGAAAUGUAGUAGAAAAAGUAUGUGGAUUUGUAAGCCAUCUUGUUUUAAUGUAUUGUUCUUCUUACAGAAAACUAGUAUUAAACAUGAAUACUCUUGUG